GGUUAAGUGUUCUGCUCUGUAAACUCUGCUUUAAGAGUCUGCUGGAAGCUACUGGAUCAGCCUUUAAAUACAGUCAUUUGACACAUCCCAACAGGGGCUUGUAGCAGAUAGCAGCUGCUGACCCAAACCAAGGCUUUUAAGGCGAACUGGUGUGUCGCUGUCACACUGCUUUGGACAGAAUGAAGGCUCUCUUAUUCACCUGUAUGCUGGUGCCGUGGCUGGUGGCAGCCUCAGCCAGGAGAUCUGACCAGGACUCGCAGCUGAUACCAGGAUCUCUACCUGACAGGGAGCUGGAUGGAUACUUCAGUGAUAAUUUGAAAUCAAGGAGGGCUAGGAGGGCCCUGCCUCCUGCUGAUGAACCUGAUGACAGUCCAAUCGCAGAAGGAGGAGAUGCCUCUGACCUGCCCACUUGCCUGCUGUGCGUAUGUCUGACUGGCUCAGUGUACUGUGAGGAGGUCAGUCCAGACAUGACCACUGUUCCCACCCUGCCUAAAGAGACAGCCUACCUGUAUGCCCGCUUCAACAAGAUCAAAAAGAUCAGCAACAAAGACUUUGGUGACAUUGUGACUCUGAAAAGGAUUGACCUGACGGGCAACCUGAUCUCAGAGAUUGAAGACGGUGCAUUCUCUAAGCUAACCCUGCUGGAGGAAUUAUCUCUGGCUGAGAACAGACUAGUCAAACUUCCAAUGCUCCCCGCCAAACUUACAUCCUUCAACGCCAACAACAACCUCCUCAGAUCCAAGGGUGUCAAAGCUAAUGCUUUCAAGAAAAUGACCAAGCUGGUUAACCUUUUCCUGGCCGACAACCAGCUGGAAGUUGUCCCAUACAUUCCUGACAGUGUUCGGAUCUUACAUCUACAGAACAACAACAUCACUGAGGUCAACAUAAACACCUUCUGCAGGUCCAAUGACACCUACUUCCUGCGACCAAGCCUCAGUGAGGUCCGCUUGGACGGUAACCCUGUGGUGCUGUCUAAGUACCCCGACAGCUUCACUUGUAUGAAGGUACUGCCUGUUGGACGGUACCGCUGAGAAGCCAGAAACUUUACUGUAGCCCCUUGGUUGCUGAUGGAGCAGUUUUCCCACAACGGAGUGCUGGGGGGAUAAUGUAAGGUUCUGGAUUUUGAGGCGCUAGUCCCGCGGUGGAGGAAAUGUUGUUAAUGUUUUUACUUCAGCCACCUACAAACAGCUUGUAACACUGUCAGGUCGAAAUGAAACCACUCACUGGGCUGAAGGUGUAGAGUUGAAGGUCUUUUUUCAGUUCUCCCGACUGCAGGGGGAAUACCAGGCAUUUAAACAUCUGCAGGAAGUUCUACUUGAAAGUCACAGUGACACUAAUUGGUGCAAAACCUGAGAAGGAGUGUGAAGGCCUCAAUAUGCUUCAAACCAACUAGUUUUUCUGUGACCACAUCUAAAAUCAGUGUUUCUACUGGAUAUAAAAAUCCUCAUUUAAAGGCUUGUUGAAAAGCCUGCUAUCAUAGCCUCCUUGUGCUUCCCUGAUCUUCCGACCACAACUCUGUGUCUUUUAAACAAUAUCGUAUUCUUGACACUUUGAAUCAUACAAAGGGGGAUAGCAGCACAUUUUUAAACAGUCUCUCCUCAAAGGUCUUUGUGGUGUUACACCUGGAUGUUCAUAAGUAAAGCGAUGGAAGAGCUUAGAGUUUCAAACUCUGCUUACUCUCACAUGUCCACGCACCUGGCCAUUCACUUUGUAAAGUGGACAUGUUUGUCAGAUUGUCUGUUUUGGACAACAAAAAAUAAAUAAAAUUUGUUCAACACAGUCUUCAAUCCUGACAUCCUGACAAAGGAGCUUCAGAUAUUGUUAAUGAAUGUGGCAAACACUUGAACACACACUGAAGCCUUGGUAUUGGAUUGUAAGCUUGAAAGAGUUAGGCCACCCGUCUAGAAGAGACCACAGGCAAGGUGCCUUGUGAGUGUUGUUUCCACUGGUGAUAGAACAGAAGUAACCCCGUGAAUGAGUGGAGAAGCAUCAACACCUCUACAACAACAGUCUAGUUUAUUCUUUCAUUUUGACCUGACGCUGUUCUGCACAAACUGCAACGAACCAACAUACAUGCAGCAACAAGUCAACAGGCUUGCUUGUAACUUCCUAUAUAUUAGUUUAAAACACAACAGGCUGAUGUUUUCAAACUCUUUGUGGAAUGAAUUCUAAAUCUAAAGGAUUUUUCCACUAUAAGUAACUAGGUAAUAGAGAUAACAAGAUGACAAAAUAUUACGGCAACCUUGUAAAUGUCUUUGCCAUUUUUGCUGAACUUAACAUCUUUAACUAGUGUAAAAUCUCUCAUACUGAUGUUUUCCAUUAAAUUGACAAAAAAUAUUUCCAAACAUUAGAACAAAUAGUGUCAUUGCAGGUGCUUUUAAUGGUCCACAUGUUUUUCUAGCCCUGUAAAGCUGGAUCACAUUUGGAAAUCACCGCAAGAAUUCAUGACUGAGGUGCAGUUUUUGUUUAUAUGUAUUAACGCUGUUGCAUGCUUCAGUUUAAUAUUUCCAGACUAAAAUUGUAGAGAAAAUGAGUUCAGGCUGUCUUUGAGGUUAACACAUAUAUUAGAAGUUUUGUCUGACAUACUGUAACCAGUGAAUGCUAGUGUAAAGAACCACACACUGUUUUGGACAUUUUGGAAUACAACACAAUCCAGUCUAAAUACCUUUUACAGUUUAUAUAAAGAGUCCUUUUGUCAUCUGACAUGUCAGAUGACAGAUGACAAAUGAACGCAACACUGUGCCUUUUGCUCUGUCAUUGUGUGAAUUUUUUCUCUUUGAAAUUAUUCUAUUAAAAAUGCCUCUUCAUACAGGCAGUGUCCAUGUAGACUUGUUAAAUUGCAGGCUUUCUUAAGCAUUUUGUGACUUGGCUUCACUUUGGUUUUUAAUUUAUAGACUCCAGUUUAAGUGGACUGGGGAACAAUGUAUCUAUGAACUAUAGUAAUGUGAAAGUUACUCAUUUUUAAUUUGUCUGCAUUUAAACUAUCUUGCUUGUGUCCCUAACUCUUCCCUUCUACUUAAGAAACUAUUACUGAUGUGAAUACGACAGUGGUGUACAGGAAGAUGUGUACGUAACAUGGCUAUGGUUUUAAAAUAUUUUAAUAAAGUUAAACUUUUUUAAUUACAGGA